AUGUCAUCCCAACCUCAGCAAGACCUCUACUCGAUCGCAGGAGCACCUUGGCAACCCACGUGGUUGAACGAACAGCUGGUCCAGCUCGUUCUGGCCAUGUCCUGUUCGCCGGACGUUCGACAGAUGGACGAGAUCUACCAUGCGGUCCGUCAAACGAUCGCGCAGCGUGGGGAUCUGAACGCGGAAGCCUGGGCGGUGCUUAUCGAGACCUACGGCCGGCUGGGCCAGGUCGGCCGGCUCCGCGAGAUGUAUGGCCGCGCCCAGAGCACUCUCGCCUCGUUUACUAUCGACGAAAGCAGCUCGACGCUCAAGAGGAUGCUUCGACACUCCUGGUGGACUCGGAUCGAAGAGUGCAUGGUCAUCGGCCUGGCUUACUGCGGCUUGCACAACGAACUCUUGGUCCACAAAACAAGCCUCCAGAACAGCGGCGCGCGGCUCUCGGCGGAUACCUACGAGGCCAUAUUCAGAAACACGGGCAAGAAUCUACAGCAUGUCAUGAAGGCCCUCAACUAUUUCGAAGAAGCGAAGCAGAACGGAGUGCAACUGAGCACGCUCGCUUGCAACAUUCUGCUGACAAAGCUUGCAAGGGCACGACGAACGAUCGACAUGUUGUCAGUGUAUGACAGCAUGAAACGGUCCGGCACGCCGAGGAACGCGCGAACCUUUGAGACCAUCCUCCAUGAGUUAAGCAGGAGCGAUGAUAAGGCUAAGGCUGAGGAGGUCUUCCAGGAGAUGCUCCUAUGUGAUGACAACCCCCGGAUCAGCCCUUUCAUCACCAUGAUGAAGCUGUUCAAUCAGGCUUCCAAAUACCCCAAUCGACCAAAGGUCCUUUACUACUUCGACAUGAUGAUCCGGUCUAAGAUAUCGCCUAAUGGCAAUGCUUAUAAUCUGUUGAUGGAAGCGUAUGGGAUGAUUGCGCCAUACGACUCGGUGGGGAUGGAGAGGGUCUUCCAGGCUGCGUGCAGGGACCCGAACGUGCAGGUCACGGGAGCGCAUUGGGCGACGAUACUGCGAGUGAAGGGGGCUUUGGAGGGGGACCUGGCGGGGGCAAUAGUGCAGUUUGAGCAGAUCAGCAGGACGGGGAACGGACGAGGGCUCGGAGUGGGCGGCGCCCGGCAGCCGGCGGACGGGAUGUGUUACGAGGCGCUCUUCGAUGGCUUCGUGGCCUGCAACCGCGGCGAUCUCGCCUACCCGUAUGUGGCACGGAUGCAGGAGGACGGGGUGUUGGUGACGGCCGAAUUGGCCAACAAGCUCAUGAAGCUCUUUGCGUCCUCGGGUCAGGUCGACAAGGCUCGGGAGAUAUUCGAGUCGUUCGUCGACUGCCCUCCCCCCGCGCAGGACGAGCUCAACAGCCACCCACGGCCCAACCUCGCUCCUUCUCUGCCGGCUUCCAACCAGCAACGGCACGCCGAUCGCUCGGUCUAUCAUCAACAGUCGGCCUGUCGGAAACGGUUCUGCUACGAAACAAUGAUAGCUAUUGAAUUCACCGCGGGCGAUCACGAGCGUGUUCGGCGUCUAUUCGAACGCCUUCCGAGAAGCCCUUCCACCGAUGGAAGCCACUGA